CUCUCUCGCUUCCAUCUUGCUCCCCGCAUGUGUCUGCAGUUAGUUUACAGGUCAGUGAGGAGCUUUAAAUACCUUCUUCCCUGCACUGUUUCCCCUCGAUACGACGGCCAGAGAUGAAAGAAGCAGCGAUGAAUCAAGAAAAACUCGCUAAACUACAGGCCCAAGUCCGCAUCGGCGGAAAGGGCAGUGCUCGCAGAAAGAAGAAGGUCGUACACAGAACAGCCACCGCAGACGACAAGAAGCUCCAGUUCUCCUUAAAGAAGCUCGGUGUCAACAACAUUUCUGGUAUUGAGGAGGUCAACAUGUUUACAAAUCAAGGAACGGUCAUCCACUUCAACAACCCCAAAGUGCAGGCCUCCCUCGCCGCCAACACCUUCACCAUCACCGGCCACGCUGAGACCAAACAGCUGACCGAGAUGCUGCCUGGCAUCCUGAACCAGCUGGGAGCAGACAGCCUGACGAGCCUCAGGAGACUGGCCGAGGCUCUGCCCAAACAGGCUGUAGAUGGAAAAGCGCCAAUUGCAACAGUAGAAGAAGAGGAUGAUGACGUUCCAGAUCUGGUGGAGAACUUCGAUGAAGCAUCCAAGGACGAGGCGAACUAGAGCAAACCAGGAGGGGGGGGGGGGGGAGACUCCUUUUAGAGUGUCAAUACUUGACCAGGACCAUGAGGGGAACAAGAUGUGUUUUUUUUUUGUCUAUUUCAGGAGGUGGAGAGUUAAAAUACCCUGCGAGGAAGAAUCUGUCGACAUGUGGCGGUGAGCGUGAUCUGUGCCACACCUGAAGCGAGUUUUACACUCUGAGUCCUCAGCGCUGUUAGAAAGCAGGGGCAGGAGUUUGAAACAGUGAGGUGUUUUUCAGUGUUGACUUCACCUCUUGUUUCUCCAUCAGACUGUGUUAAUGCUUGUUGUGCUCUGUGGUCUGUUUGUCAAGUUAAAAAACAAAAGAGAGAGAGAGACUGUGUGUAAAGUGUCUCUCCUGUUGUACAUCUGUUUCCUCCGUGUUACUGAACCUGAACUCUCUGUGGCCUCGCUCAAACCACCGUAUCUGGAAUAAACCUUUGCUACUGUCGAUACACA